AUGAAAGAAAAAGAACGUAAUGUCACCGAUGACCUCAGCGUGAGAAGACAAACAGCUGCAGUGACAUCACCCACCACGCUGGAAGGGCCAAGAACCAUCACCCACCACGCUGGAAGGGCCAAGAACCAUCACCCACCACGCUGGAAGGGCCAAGAACCAUCACCCACCACGCUGGAAGGGCCAAGAACCACCACCCACCACACCGGAAGGGCCAAGAACCAUCACCCACCACACCGGAAGGGCCAAGAACCAUCACCCACCAUGCUGGAAGGGCCAAGAACCACCACCCACCACACUGGAAGGGCCAAGAACCACCACCCACCACGCUGGAAGGGCCAAGAACCACCACCCACCACGCCGGAAGGGCCAAGAACCAUCACCCACCACUCCGGAAGGGCCAAGAACCACCACCCACCACGCCGGAAGGGCCAAGAACCAUCACCCACCACGCCGGAAGGGCCAAGAACCACCACCCACCACGCUGGAAGGGCCAAGAACCACCACCCACCACGCCGGAAGGGCCAAGAACCAUCACCCACCACGCCGGAAGGGCCAAGAACCAUCACCCACCACGCCGGAAGGGCCAAGAACCACCACCCACCACGCCGGAAGGGCCAAGAACCACCACCCAUGAUGCUGGAAGGGCCAAGAACCAUCACCCACCACGCUGGAAGGGCCAAGAACCACCACCCAUGA